UGGCUGUAUGAACCAUGACAUCAUUAGAGAGGGUCCAGAGCGAAGUUCACACAGUCAGAGCGUGUGUGUCCACCUUGAGCAUUGAUGCAGUCCUGGCACCGUCAUCUCAUUGAGGGAUGGUACGGGCUGUGAGGUUUCGCAGAUGCGUGGUUCGGAUCCAUGUUUCUUGGCGAGGGCUUGUCACGGGUCGUCGGCCGCUACGGGAACGAUCUGAAAUAAUGGAUCAUACUAAAAACAACAUUUUCCAAAACAUCCACGAAGAGAUGGUCAAGGGUACGUUCAAUGACCUUGACAUUGUCUGUGAGAAUGGGACAACGAGUGCAAACCGUUUGGUCCUGGCCGCGAUGUCAUCUUACUUCCGGGCAAUGUUAACAUCAAACAUGACAGUGAGUCGGAUGGGCGUCUUAAAUCUGCCCACGGUCUCGGUGUCGGUGUUCCAGGAUAUUCUCAAGAUGUCUUUGUGUUCAGUAGAUCUUGUAAACGAAGACAACUGCGUCAAAAUGUUAGACGCAUGCGAAAUGAUGCAGCUUGAUGACGUCAAAGAUCUGUGUCAUUGUUAUCUUAAGAAAAGUCUAGUGAUCAACGCUGACAAUUGUCUACAGUGGUGGAGACUUAUGAAUCGCUACAAUGUUCCUGAUUUGUCCAGCAGAGCAUUCUCUUAUCUGACAGAAAACUUGACUGACUUUGUUGAAACAGAAAAUACUGGUCAUUUGUCAAAGGCAGAACUUUUAGAAAUAUUGUCCAAAGAUGACUUGAAAUGUAAAGAAGACGUCAUUAUGAAAGGUGUCAUGAAGUGGCUUGAAAUAAAUAAUCCGGAUGCAGAUGAUGUAAAACAUAUCUUUAGAAUGAUCAAGAUCAAUCUUGUUGAUCCAAAGUUCCUCGUUGCGAAUGUGGCAUUUUCAAAAUUCAUUUGUGAAAAUAACUCUGUUCAGGAAAUGAUACAAAAUGUGCUGUGUUCACAUAUUAUGGCAGCCGGUUCAAUCAGCAGGUUUGAUAGUGAAUGUAAGAAUGUUUUCAUAUUACAUUAUAACGAAAAAAAGAAAACAAAUUCACUUCUGUCUUGUUUUACAUUAGAAGGGACAUGGGAAGACGUUCCACCUGCUCCAGUAGAUCCUGGAUUGUGGUAUUCAGCAGCAAGUCUAGGUAACAAGAUCUACAUCACUGGUGGUGUCAGUAGAAGAAAAUGUACACUCGUCUACGACGUCUGUAGAAGAGAGUGGAAAACAGGUCCAGAUCUCGAAGAAGAACGUUUUUGGCACUGCAUGGCCACAACUAAUUCCAAAGUGUAUGCAAUUGGGGGUAAGUACAGCAACACGAUUGAAGAGAUGAGCAAGAGUGACACACGUUGGCAGGUUGUUGGAGAUUUGAAUCAGAAGAGAGAUCUUGCAUUCGCUGCUACAGUUGGACACAACAUUCUGGUGAUGGGCGGACGGAGUGAAGGACGUGGAUCAGAUGUUAUCCAGUGUUUCAAUACAGUGACUCGCUGUGUGUCUAACCUCAGCUCACGUUUACCACACAGAUCGGAGUGUCUGAGAGGUUCGGUUCAACUCCCUGAUGUAUAUCUGCUGGACUAUGAUGGAAAUGUGAUGCACGUCCAGGUCACUGACAGUGAUGGUGAAAUCAAGAUUCAAGUCAAGUCAACAACAAAAUGGCGAUCAUUUGACUAUUGUUUUGGCGUAUUAUGGCAAAAUGGAAGCUUGUUGUCCUUCAGUGCCGCGGUCGCUAACUGUGAAGUUAAAACAUACAACGUGGUUGAAGGUAAAGAAGAAAACAUUAUUUUCCCAAAGUCACCUAAACGUGGUUCUGUCUUCAGUGUCAUUUCUAAAACAUUGUAGGUUCAGCGUGUACUGGGACAUAACAUAUCACUGUAGGUUCAGUGUGUACCGGGACAUAACAUAGCAUUGUAGGUUCAGUGUGUACUGGUACAUAACAUAUGACUGUAGGUUCAGUGUGUACCGGGACAUAACAUAGCAUUGUAGGUUCAGUGUGUACUGGUACAUAACAUAUCACUGUAGGUUCAGUGUGUACUGGGACAUAACAUAUCACUAGGUUCAGUGUGUACUGGUACAUAACAUACCACUGUAGGUUCAGUGUGUACUGGGACAUAACAUAGCACUGUAGGUUCGGUGUGUACUGGGACAUAACAUAGCAUUGUAGGUUCGGUGUGUACUCGGACAUAACAUAGCAUUGUGUGUUCAGUCUGUACUAGGACAUAACAUAGCAUUGUAGGUUCAGUGUGUACUAGGAGAUAACAUAUCAUUGUAGGAUCAGUGUGUACUGGGACAUAACAUAACAUUGUAAUGUUCAGUGUGUACUGGGACAUAACAUAGUAUUGUAGGUAACAUAUCAGUGUAGGUUCAGUGUGUACUGGGACAACAUAGCAUUGUAGGUUCAGUGUGUACUGGGACAUAACAUAGCAGUGUCGGUUCAGUGUGGACUGGGACAUAACAUAUCAUUGUAGGUUCAGUGUGUACUGGGACAUAACAUAGCAUUGUAGAUGCUGUGUGUACUGGGACAUAACAUAGCAUCGUAGAUGCUGUGUGUACUGGGGCAUAACAUAGUAUUGCAGGUUCAGUGUGUACUGGGACAUAACAUAGCACUGUAGGUUCAGUAUGUACUGGGACAUAACAUAGCACUGUAAGUUCAGUGUGUACUGGGACAUAACAUAGCAUUGUAGGUUCAGUGUACUAAGACAUAGCAUAACAUUGUAGGUUCAGUGUGUACUGGGACAUAACAUAGCAUUGUAGGUUCAGUGUGUACUGGGACAUAGCAUAGCAUUGUAGGUGAAGUGUGUACUGGGACAUAAUAUAACAUUGUAGGUUCAGUGUGUAUUGGGACAUAACAUAACAUUGUAGGUCGGCUGUGUACUGGGACAUAACAUAGCACUGUAGGUUCAGUGUGUACUGGGACAUGACAUAUCAUUGUGGGUUCAGUGUGUAUUGGGACAUAACAUAACAUUAUAGGUUCAGUGUGUACAUAGACAUGACAUAUCAUUGUGGGUUCAGUGUGUAUUGGGACAUAACAUAUCAUUGUAGGUUCAGUGUGUACUGGGACAUGACAUAUCAUUGUGGGUUCAAUGUGUACUGGGACAUAACAUCGUUGGAUUAAUCAAAUAUUUUCUUAUGAGGUUAAGCCCGUUAAUUAUACUUGUGUUCAGUAUAUAACAUUGAUUUUUCUAUUAACAUGAUGUUGCCCAGUAUACUGGGAAUACAACACUAUAUACGGAUAUUUCAUAUGUUGUACCAAAGUUGACAAAUAGUCAUUUUCUGUUGUCUUAGAAAACCAAACAUAUAACCUAUUUUCAGUUUUUUGUCUCACAGAUUAUUUUAUUUAUACUUUUUUCCCAUAUUUGAAGCUCCAUAAUUCUAUUUAGGUUCAGGAUAUGAUAUUGUUUUCCUUAAAUACGUUGCUCAGUAUACUGCAAAUAAAACAUUCCAUACAGAUAUUUAAUAUUUUGUAUCAUACUUAGGAAAUAACCAUUUGUUAUUGCAUUCCAAGACCACACAUACAACUUAUUUUCAGAUUAUUUUUUUUUAUUUAUUUUUCUUUUCUUUUUUACAUUAAUUUCAUUUUGAUUUCCACUUAUUUUUGUGUUUAGAUCCAAUUAAGGUGCGAGCACGCUGUCCACGACAGUGUGUUAGUUGUUAGUUAGUUAGUGGUUAGUGAGAGAAACGAGUGUGUAGUGGUCUUACACUUACCCAUUGAGUCGUUAAAACUUGCUCUUGGGGGGAGCUGCGAACCUACCAGUCUUAUGUCCGAUUUUUUGUUUUGUUUACAACUACCAGUGCAAGAAUCCAUUUACACAGUAUAUGACAUUAAACUUUAUUUUAUUUUA